AUGCUAAUGAAUAGUAUAGUGAAAUUAAAACAAGUAGACCAUACUCUUAAUGAAAAGAGAAUUUUAGAUGCCAUAAAUUUUCCAUUCUUAGUCAAUCUCAAAUUUUAUUUCAAGGACAAUAUUAAUUUAUAUAUGAUUCAAGAUUUUAUUCAAGGAGGUGAAAUGUUUUCUCAUUUGAGGAGAUUGGGAAGAUUCAGUGAAAAUUUCGCAAGUUUCUACGCUUGUCAAGUCGUAAUGUCGUUCGAAUAUCUUCAUUCCUUGGAUAUUCUAUACAGAGAUUUAAAACCCGAAAAUAUUCUUAUUGACGAAAUUGGAUAUAUACGAGAAAUUUUACAGGAAAGUUUUAAAGAAGUAUCUAGUGUACCAGAACCAUUUAAGCCACCACUCCAGAUCAUCGAGUGGCGUUUUCACUUCCAUGGACGAGGAACUAGAAGUUGGAUUUUGGGUAGCGGUGUUUAUAUUAUGUAACGGUAAUGUUUACGGCAAUAAUAUGUGAUACGUAAAUGAAUGGAUGCCACGAAAAAAUUAGAUAACGGUUCGAUUGCGAAUGUUAUCGUGAAGGGUGUUUGUAAGGAUGCGUUGUAACGAAACUGAAGAAACCGUAGACUCUUCUAUUGAUGAAAUUCCUGCUGACUGAUGCAUUAAAUGGGCAGGUGGAAUGUGUAAUUUGUGUUACAUUUACUGCUAAUUAGUUACCGAAUCUUUAUCAAUAAAUCACGUAACUGUAUCAACAGUCGUUGGAUUUGAGUUCCGAGUUUA